GUCGUGAUAACAGUUUUGUCUAUUUCCACUCAAGUCGCUUAGGCCCGUUUUCCGCUUUUGCCAUCACUCUAAGCCUUACAGUUUGCCAUGAUAGAGUUCCAAGUCUCUCAAAGCCUUAAAACUCAAAAUAUGUCAGUCGUCGACAAUUACAACCACCCGGAUAAGAAGAUCAUCUACGUUAAAGAGUGCGUCCGGGGGUGGGGCAUAGAUCCAGAAGAGAUGAACAACUAUUAUCUGACCAGAUGCUCAUGCCCUAGCACGUCGGUCGGCACAUGCAACGCGGGCAGUUUUUGCAUCUGUGUCGACCAGUUCAAGCCCAACUACAAAGACGGCCGGCUCGUCGAGGAGAAAAUGUUCGGGAACCUCAUCGUAUUCGAAUGCGGUUGGAACACUUGCGAAUGCGCUCCCAGCUGCAACAACUUCCUCGUACAGAAAGGCCCUUGCAAGACUCUGGAAAUAGUCGACGUACGGAACAAAGGUAAAGGGGUUAUAACUAAGGCGAGCCUCGAAGCGGGCACGUUUGUAUGCGAGUACACAGGCGAGUUGAUCGGUUAUCAGGAAGCCGAGGACAGGCUCGCUUCCAAAGACAAGAACAACUACAUACUCACUCUCAGGGAGCAUUGCGAAGACUGCAUCAUCGACACUUGCGUCGACGCGAGGCUUUUCGGCAACAUCGGACGCUACCUGAACCACUCUUGCGAUCCAAACUGCAUUCUCGUACCGGUUCGCACCGGCAACACAAUCCCGAGGAUUUGUAUAUUUGCAAAGCGAAACAUUCGCAAAGGAGAGGAGCUCACAUACCACUACAACUCUCAGAGCGAGAAUUUGAGUUCAACCCGCUGUUACUGCCGUAGCAAGAAGUGUGCAGGCUUUCUUCCAAGCAGUAGCGGACUCGACUUGCGAUAGACAUCGCAUCUAUGUAUUUUUUUUAUUGUCAACUCACUCAAUUUUAUGAAAUGUGUGAGAAGUCAAAUGGUCCUAAGGCUAUUUUUUUAUUAAAAUAUUGUCAAAGUAUAUUUUAAAACUUUAAAAGUAUUCUGUUUACUUGAAAAAAAAAAAAA